GAUCAUCAUCCUCAUUUUGCUGUUCUUCUUGCAUUUCCAUUCAGGUAAAUUAUCUGCCUUACGGUGCCCACACUUAGGACCCAUAACAUAUAGUUAUUCACUGUCGGCAAUCUCUGUUUUAGUUGUCUCCUCUUCUUUCAGGUGUGGUUGUCCCUGCCGUGUUCGUGCUUGUGGUUGCAGGUUUAGGCGUGGGCGUUCUUCUGUUGUCUGUUGUGUCUGUUGUCAUGGCAGUGGACGUCGGGGUGGGAUCAUCUGUGGCGGGACCCUCCUCUGAAGAUUCUUCAGAGGAUUCCUCCUCACGUGAUUCCUCUGAAGACUCCUCAGAAGAUUCCUCAGAGGAUUCUUUCUCACGUGAUUCCUCGGAAGACUCCUCAGAAGAUUCCUCUGAAGACUCCUCAGAGGAUUCCUCGGAAGGCUCAACAGUGGACUCCUCGGAUAAUUCUUGCAGUGUUUCCUCGGAGGAUUCACUUUCAGAAAGGUCUCUGGAUUCCGAUGAGUCAUGUGACCCAGAAGAAAACCACCCAGCUACGUCGUACCCAUUCAGAGAUGCUGGUUUUUGGUCAUCGGCAGUGAUGCCAGCAUGUUGAUACCAGUUCUCAGCAAUCUAUAGGAGGAAUAUCACAUGAAAAACUUCAUAAUUUGUCAAACGUGUUUUUGUUUCCCCUUACAAUUUAAAGUACACUUUUAAC